AUGCCGAGACUGGACUUGGUAAUUUUCGGAGCUACUGGCUUCACUGGGAAGAAAACUGUGGAGGUGCUGGCUAGAGGGCGGAAGGACUACGACUCCAUCACGUGGGGCGUCGCCGGCCGCUCGCGGGACAAGCUUGACUCCUUAAUUAAAGAAGUCUCCAAGAUUACAGGUAAAGACCUGUCCACCAUCACGAUUAUAGUGGCUGAUGUAGAAGACGAGAGGUCGUUGAAGGAGAUGUGCGCGCAGGCUACAGUGCUGGUGAACUGCUGUGGUCCGUACCAGCUAUAUGGGGAGCCGGUGGUGCGCGCCGCCAUCGAGAUGAAGGCCCAUUAUGUGGACAUCGCUGCAGAGCCUCAGUUCAUGAAGAAAAUGCAGUUGUUAUACAACAAGCCGGCUCGCGAGGCGGGUGUGUAUGUCAUAUGCGCCUGCGGUUUUGACUGCAUCCCCAACGAUAUGGGCGUCAUGUUCCUACAGAAAAAUUUUGACGGUAUUUUGAACAGCGUAGAAUCAUAUGUAAGUAUAAAUCUGCCGUUAGCGCUGAAACUAGAAGCAAUGAAGAGUGGACUACUCAAGAACGGUACAUGGGAUUCUAUAAUAUAUAUAUUCCCAAACAGUGGAGAGAUGUCGAUCCUUCGCGAUAAACUAUAUCCUGAUAAGAUGCCCGUAUAUAAACCAGAAAUAAAAAACAGGGGUGCGGUACACAAGUGGAACGGACGGUAUUGUGUGCCGUUACCAGCCGCUGAUGAUUCUGUGGUCUACCGCACACAGCGGGAACUGUACAGCAACGGUCACCGUCCAGUCCAGUUCCGGGCCUAUUUCAGGUUUUCAAACUUGUUCUUUACGCUUAUCCUAGCUUUCUUCAAAAUGAUAUUUGCUAGAUUGUCCAAAAUAAAGCGUACCAGGGAACUUUUGUUGAGACAUCCGCGUUUGUUUACUGGAGGACUGGUCACCAAACAGGGCCCUAAAGAGGAAGUUAUGGAAAGUUUCUACUUCAAAUUCGAACUAGUGGGAAAGGGAUGGGCGAAAGGAGCAGAUAUUGAGUCUACACCACCCAAUAAAAUGGCCAUAGCGAGGGUGUCAGGGAUGAAUCCUGCAUACGGCGCGACAGUUGUAGCCCUCUUACAUUCAGCCAUCACCAUCUUGCGCGAGAAGGACAAGAUGCCUGGCAACGGCGGGGUACUGACAACAGCCUUGGCCUUCAACAACACCACCCUCAUACAGCGUCUCAAUGAGAACCAUUUGAAUUUCGAAAUGAUCAACAACAAAUAG